UCAUCCAGCAUAUAGAAUCUCUAGAAUCGUUGUGAUUGAAGUUCAGCUUUCAACCAAAAUUCAUAGUUUUUUCUCUAUUCCUAUUUCAGUGUCUCCAUUUUCAAGGGAAAACAUAUAUUCCUCCCUCGAUUUCGCGCGCUUUCCACCUCUGUGCAAGGAUUCCCCACCGACAGAUUAUCGAAUCCCUCUUGAGGUAAGUUGGGAGGGAUUGUCUCUCCUUGUUAAUCCCCCGCUCGGAGGUUUAUGAGUAGGAUGGUGUAGUAAUGAAGAUGCAAAAAUAUUUCCAUUCACUUGCACUUGCUUUUGCUCAUAGAAUGUGCAGCUGAUAGAAGUAUAGAGAAAUGGAAGAUAUUCGAGAUCAUGAAUCUCUGUUUCAGAGCUGGAUUGUUAUGGAUCCACCAGAAAUGGCAGAAUCCAGGCUUUUCAUUUUAUCCUGCAUGGUCGCAGGAUUAAUAGGGAUUUUGACGAUUUUUUACACUGCUUUUCAAUGGAGAAGGAAUAUAAACUUGGGAUGGAUGAAAGCCAUUGCUAGGUCAAAGAAACACCCGAAAGCAAGACACAAAGUUCCUGCUGCUCCACACAGUUGGGAGCUGGAGGAUGUCUCUAGAGGGAAAAACCUGAACUGUUUUGUAUGUUUAAAGUCGAUUUCUCUCUCACAAACGCUUGGUCCUAUGGUUACUUCAGAGUGUGUUUUUAAUAGGUGCAGCAUUUGUGGUGCAGCAGCUCAUCUGAGUUGUUCAUCAAGUGCUCAAAAGGAUUGCAAGUGUGUGUCUAUGAUUGGAUAUCAGCAUGUGGUGCAUCAGUGGGCAGUGCGGUGGACAGAAGUUGCUGAUCAACCAUUUGAGGCUUCUUUCUGUAGGUACUGUGAGGAGCCAUGCAGUGGAUCUUUUCUUGGCGGGUCCCCCAUAUGGUGCUGCUUAUGGUGUCAGCGUUUGGUUCAUGUUGAUUGUCAUAGUAGUAUGUGCAAUGAGAACAGUGAUUCUUGCGACUUGGGGCCUUUCAGAAGGCUUAUUUUGUCUCCACUUUAUGUUAAAGAAUUACAUCAGACUUCUUCGAGUGGAUUGCUAAGCUCUAUCACUCAUGGUGCCAAUGGGUUUGCAUCCUCUGUCCGUGCUACAAUUAUUAGAAGUCAAAGCAAGAAGCACAAGCAUAAAAAUGAUAAGCACUUAGCUGAGAUCUCAGCAGAAACAGGGAAUGAUUAUUCUGUUGGUGAUCUAUCAACUGAAUCCUCUGCUGAUACAAGUCAAGCAGUAAAUGGAUCCCAUAUGAUUGAGGAGAACUGUAAUGGUGGUAUACAUUCAGAAAGUGUUGACAAGGAGAGUGAUAAAGAAGUUAAGAUUUUGGAACCCAAGGCCAAAUUUAAGAAAAGUCCAUCUGCUAAUCAAAAGGAUGAUACUCAACCUAUUGAGAUAAAAUUGAGAUAUGAGGUGACUGAUAUGCCUUCAGAUGUUCGACCUCUGCUAGCUUUCAUUAACAAGAAAAGUGGGGCACAACGAGGGGAUUCACUUAGACGACGAUUAAGUGUCCUUCUAAAUCCUGUACAGGUGUUUGAGUUGAGCUCAACCCAGGGGCCGGAAGCUGGCCUCUUUUUGUUCAGAAAGGUACCACACUUCAGAAUUCUCGUUUGUGGAGGUGAUGGUACAGUGGGUUGGGUUUUAAAUGCCAUAGACAAGCAAGACUUUGUUUCACCCCCACCAAUGGCAAUACUUCCAGCUGGGACAGGAAAUGAUCUGGCUAGAGUUCUUUCUUGGGGUGGUGGUUUGGGUUCAGUUGAGAGACAAGGUGGCCUUUGUCCACUUUUGCGUGACAUAGAACAAGCUGCAGUCACUGUUCUUGAUCGGUGGAAGCUCUCAAUUUCUGACCAACAAGGAAAUCAGCUUCAAUCACCUAAAUUCAUGAACAAUUAUCUUGGGGUUGGCUGCGAUGCGAAGGUUGCACUGGAAAUACAUAAUCUGAGGGAGGAGAACCCAGAAAAGUUCUACAAUCAGUUCAUGAACAAAGUUCUCUAUGCGAGAGAAGGUGCCAGGAGCAUCAUGGACAGGACUUUUGCUGAUUUUCCUUGGCAAGUCCGAGUAGAGGUGGAUGGCAUUGAGAUUGAGGUUCCUGAGGAUGCAGAGGGUGUCCUUGUUGCUAACAUUAGCAGUUAUAUGGGAGGUGUGGACUUGUGGCAGAACGAGGACGAAAGCUACGAUAAUUUUUAUCCUCAAUCCAUGCAUGAUAAGAUACUUGAGGUUGUCAGCAUUUCAGGAACAUGGCAUCUUGGGAAGCUUCAGGUAGGACUAUCUAAAGCAAGGAGGCUUGCUCAGGGUCAGUCAAUCAAAAUACAACUCUUUGCGGCCUUUCCUGUCCAAAUAGAUGGAGAGCCUUGGUAUCAACCACCUUGCACGUUGACUAUAACACACCAUGGACAGGCGUUCAUGCUAAAGAGAGCAGCAGAAGAGCCACUUGGGCAUGCAGCUGCCAUAAUUGCUGAUGUUCUUGAGAAUGCGGAAUCGAGCCAGGUGAUUAAUGCAUCGCAGAAGAGAGCACUUCUUCAACAAAUGGCAAUGAAACUGUCCUAGACAAUCUGUUUUAAUUUUCAAAGAACUUGACACUGCUGUACUUUUAGGUUGUUUAGAUCUUAUUGUUAUUACUGUUCAGUUAUAAUAUAGGUUGUCCAUUGUCAAGAAAUUUCUCAUCACAAAUUUGUGUUAAAAAAAAGCGUGUUGGAAAAUUUGUCUGUAUAUGAACUUUACAAAGGUUGAUAGGAAGAUGCAAAUUUUGUUCGAGUGCUACCAAGGUGUAUAUUUUAUGUCCAAAAACAAAUACGAAGUAUAUCAUUCCAUAUGAAAUAGAGCUGAGGUUGUAUGAAUUUUUGUAGUACUUUUUAAAUGUGUAUAAUUCAUGUUCCAAUGAGAUGGGAUACUCUUCAUCUU